GAGUGGAAUGUUCUUUUAUUAUCUAAAUGGGUUAUUGAGUAACAGAAUUGUAUGUGGCAUUAACCAGACAUGAUAAGGAGCUGAUUAAUAGGCUUAUUAGGACAGGACAAACUCAGUCUUUGCACAAUUGCCAGAGUCAGAGCAAGUGAGACUUGUAGACAACAUGGGGGUCGCUUUAAGACUACAGUGCAUGGCACUUCUACACAUAAUAAUGUGCUGUGCAUCACUUUCUCUAACACAGAUGGAGUUUGCCAUCCAGCACACCUGGGACAGCGAUCCUGUCAGCCAUGAUCCCAUCAAGAUCGCCUUCUCUCCUGGACAGGGAGGGCUGAAGAUGGAAGUGUCUGGUCCCUUCUUCAAUGACCCAGCUGCUCCACCAGGACCACCAGGUCACGCCUUCCCUGGGCUGUGGGAUUAUGAAGUGGUUGAGUCCUUCUUUCUUGAUAGUACGAAGGAAAAUUACCUGGAGGUGGAACUUUGUCCACAUGGACAUCUGAUUUUGUUGCUGUCAGGAGUCGGCCAAGCUUUUGUGCAACAGCUGCCAAUUGUGUUCAGUGCCACAGUCACCGGGGACAGGUGGAAGGGAGAGGCUCUUCUUCCCUGGACAUACUUCCCCCCCAAUGUGAACAAAAUGAACUCCUACGCAAUCCACGGAUCGGGAGAGGAGCGGACGUAUGAGGCUCUCUACCCCAUUCCCAAAGCAGACAUAGUGGAAGGGCAAAAACCCAACUUCCAUCGCCUGGAGUAUUUCCAAAACUUCUCCCUGCAAAGCAUUAUGGGAGAAGGCUGGGUCCAGCCAGACUCUGACUUGUGGAAAGGAAAACAUUGAGCAUUUCUAAAAACCCAAAACAAAA